AUGCCUGGCCGUGGAGCCCUUCGCCCGCUGCUGCUCGCGCUGUGCGGUGUCCUGCUCCCCGCCGUGCUAGCAGCCUUCCCGCCGCGCACCGCCGAGGCCGAGGACACCACCCGCCUGCACCGCCUCGACGCCAGCGACGGGUCCCUGGGGCCUGGAGCCAUCGGUGCCAUCGUCAUCGCCUCCCUCCUGGGCACCUCCGUGCUGGUGGCCCUGGUCGUCAUUACCCUGAGGAAGUUCUCAGCUUCCUGAAGCAA